AUGGCUUCUACCUAUGCGGAAUCUGUGACCACUCAUUUUCUCCAGUUCCGGAUUCAAUAUUCCAGCAUCGCUCUACUCUAUUAUGACUAUUUCCUGACUUUUCCGAUGGAAGUCAAGUACAUAUGGGGCGCAAAGUUCAGAUUGUCGACUAUUCUUUGCGAUACCUGGUACAAAAUCAUUGCGGCACUAAGUGUCAUUGGACGCGCUGCUGUCAUCGUGACCUUCACCGUGCGAACAUAUGCCAUCUUCGCAAGGAACACAAUCAUCCUGCUUUACCUCACUGCCAUCGGAUUGGCAAACGAUAGAUGCAAGUCCCGGACCUCAGAUGUGUCGGAUCAACAAAUGAUCCUUUCGCUUAUGCGUUUAUUUCAGUGGUAUUCGUUCUCACUAGCGGAUGCCGAAGACUAUACUAAACGCUUUACCUCAGAGAGUCUACUUCUCUCGAUAUUGCUGGUGGUGAGCUCUGAUACUCCAUUCCGUGCAUUCGAGACUCAGACAGAGGGAGACAGUGUUGUCACAUUGUUCACGACGGCUGCUCUUGUGCUGAACUCCGCUGCUCCGGUAGACCAUGCAGGUUUUUUUCGGCGAUUACUCAAUGCAUUAACGCUCCCACUCUCAGGCCUGCUUACUGCCCGAUUCCUGCUGCGACUGCGCGCCUGGGAACACAAACAGUCUGCACUGGUGACUGGCACCGAUCGACGGACAGCUUCAAAUCCGAUACCACCCAUAGAAUUCCGUGUUUUGUCCGUGAUAGAUGAGUUUGGUGAGGAUCCAGUGUCGAUGGCAGAGUGUCGUCAGUCUGAGAGUGGAUAUGUGUUGGAGGAAGUCCGGCGGGGUACGAGUACUGGUAACACUGAAAGCGGUGAAUAG